AUAAGGAUAUUGUCGACGGUGGUUGAGAAUAGCGCCACUGUUAGCUAAUUCAGAUCAAUCCGGUUUACCCUGCAGUCACUUCGACAAACAUCUGUCCUUAAUCCGUCAUUACAGUCAGUGUUGCACGAUUGCAGAUCUGCUGUUAUUGUUAUAUUAAUAUGAGUGACAACGAGAAAGAUUUCAAGGAGGAGCGGGUUGAGGUUGGAAGAAAGAAAAAGGCGGAAGACGUUUCAGAUGUGAAGUUAUUAAUGUUUGAAGCUGAUGGUGUUGAUGCAUGCUAAUGUAUGGGAUGCUGAAAAGAAGCGGUCAAGAUCUAUCCCCACUACUAGUGUUGUAAUGGCAGAUGGUAAAUGGGGGAAGAGGAGGAAAAAGAAGUCAUAAUGUCAAAGAGAAGAAAGAAGAAAUGAAGGGUUGUUUUGAAGUAAUGAAGUAAAAGAAGUUAUGAAGUUAAGAUCAGAAGUUUACCAGGGUAUGAGUAAUUUCCACAGUUUGCUGUUAUUCCUCUUUCAUACUGUUCCUUUCUCUUAAGCAUGCACAAUUAUUUUUCCUCUCUUUAUUCAACAUCAUUGGUCAAUCUUCCAUACAUUUUAGGUUCUUUUUUUUAUAAUGAUCUGUCUUUCAGCUAAAUUCAUUUUUAAUCUAAAUAUUAGUUCCAAUGUGUUACAUUUACAUACAUAUAAUCCGAUUCCAUAAUAUUUAAUGUUAAAUCUGUUAAAGGCCAAAAUGAGGUGAACUCCUUGAAAGGAGCAUGCAGCGGGAAAGUGCUGUCACCUCCUGGCCCUUAAUUCUUGCUGAUCACUAUAUGCUGCCUAAUCUUAGUGUCCGGUCUGUUCAGGACUCGCGGCAUGGCUCCAGGAGUGCAUCCCCUCAGGGAUCAGCCAAAUCCACCAGUCGCUCACCAGCUCGUUCCAAAGGCUCUCGGCGAUCCAGAUCUAGAUCUCGUUCUCGAUCCAGGUCCAAGUCCAGGUCCCGUUCCCAUCGAAGCUCACGCAGGCACUACUCCCGCUCUCGUUCCCGCUCCCACAGACGCCGUUCCAGGAGCCGAUCCAGGAGCUGGGAGUAUAGGCGGCGCAGGAGCCAUAGUCGCUCCCCUAUGUCAAAUCGUCGCAGACACAUUGGAAACAGGGCUAACCCAGACCCAAACAACUGUCUGGGUGUGUUUGGACUAAGUCUCUACACAACUGAGAGAGAUCUGAGGGAUGUGUUCUCUAAAUAUGGCCCUUUAAGUGAUGUCAACAUUGUGUAUGACCAGCAGUCACGACGCUCAAGAGGCUUUGCUUUUGUCUACUUUGAGACCUAUGAGGAUUCCAAGGAGGCCAAGGAGCGAGCUAACGGGAUGGAACUUGAUGGCCGCAGGAUCCGAGUAGAUUUCUCAAUUACAAAACGAGCCCACACUCCCACUCCUGGAAUCUACAUGGGACGUCCAACCUAUGGUGGUGGUGGAGGUGGUGGAGGAGGAGGAGGCGGCAGCGGUGGCGGCGGCGGGGGAAGUAGUGGCGGCGGCAGUGGUGGUGGUUCAUCACGGCGCACCUCAAGGGACUACGACCGAGGCUACGACAGAGGCUAUGACAGGGGUUAUGAACGCGAUUAUGAUCGCUAUGAUGAACGAGAAUACAGGUCUUACAGACGCAGAUCUCCAUCUCCUUACUACAGUAGAGGGUACCGUUCAAGGUCCCGCUCAAGGUCCUACUCACCACGUCACUACUGAAAAGAAGACUCCAUGAAGAUUUCAGUGUUACGGCUUGGAUUUUUGCCUUUUUAUGUUACCUUUUUUUCUUUUUUUUUAAACCAGGUUGUGUACAUAUAGGACUAUUGGGAUGUUGAUGUUGAACAAUAAUACAUUCUAAAGAAAAAUACAUUCUAGAGAUAAAACUCAGUAUUGUUUUGCAGAAGCUGCAAGGCAGUGUAAAAAUAUGUAACAGAAAUAUCCACAAAACUCCUGAAAACUUGUAGAAUUUUUUUGUUAUAGAAGUGAAGUCUUUAAAAGGAAGUCUGUCUCAGCCCCACAGUGUAAACGGGGGUUUUAACCCUACAGAAUUUACAGUAAGAAUCUUAGAAUAUGUGUCUUGCCUAAAAAAAUUUAAAUUGGCUUGCACUACAUGAAGUAAGGGUAGUAAAGGGCUGGCUUGUUUUUUGCUUUGCUCAAAACAAUUGUUUUUACACAAACAGGAGUUUCUAUGGCUCUUCAAUUACAAUUUCUCAUCAUGCUGUUUGUAUGUAGUUAGUUUGCUAUCUGGAAUGUUUUUGACACCACAUUUUGUUUUUUUCAGGUGGGAAAUACUUUAUGUGUUGUGUAUAUAAUUGAUUAAGGUUUACUUGUUGUAAGAUAUUGAAAUGGUCAUGUUGCAUCAUAAUUUUAAACGUAGGAAAACUGCAGAUAUCGUACCAUAAAGUCACAUCAAAUACUUUGAGUUUUUAUUUUGCUUGUAUUUUCUUCUGUUUAGAUGUUGUUUUUCGUUGCCAUAAAAGAAAUAAAGAAAUCGAUGCAUAGACUUUA